CGACACAAGAAGGUGAAUAAUGCGAAAAGGAAUUGAAAGAAAUGUUUGACAAUAGACGAUAACACUUCAACGAUUAUUAGUCACCCGUUCUUCUCCUAGCCCCGUUGUUUUCCCUCUCAGACUAUCUUCUAUCCCACUUUUCGAGUCAUUCCAUCGCUCCGUCCAACCUUUUACCUGGAUACCGCUUCCGUACAUUCCGCCCAACUUGGUGUUGGCGCUAGCUUUGAUCAAAUAUGGCUAAAAAGAUGAAGUUGGCCAGUGAAGAGGCUAAUGUAACUAAGUCAUUGAAGUCAUCGUCAAAGAAACGACACCGUGACCCCGAACCCUCUGAUGUUCCUCUGCCAUCCUCGCCCACAAGUCCUGCUCCGAAAUUGAAAAGGCGAAAGAGAGAACAAAACGCAGACUCUGAUGUUAGGAAACCUAGGAAAUAUGGAGCGAUCGAAGAUAAAAUUCGGGUACCAGAGGUUGCAGGCGAAGGUGUUUCGCAAGCUCAAGCCAGGCAAAAAGGUGCUGUUUCGGCGGACGAUGACCAUGAAGAUACAGAAAGCAAGAGAACCAAGAAGAAGAGCUCACAAAAGCACAGGAGUCCUUCUCCUACUACGUCCGUUGCGAGCACUUCAGAUCUAAGAACAAAGAGCAAAUCAACGCCUGACAACAAUUACGAUGCCGUGGGAACACUUUUCAGUACGCCCAAGAACGAGAAACUCAAGAGAAGGAAUAAUAAAGGAAGUCAAGUGGGUGGAGAUGAUAUUAAAGAAACGAGCGAAAUUACUAUAGAUGCACGUCGCAAACAUAAGCAUCAACAUGAAGAGAGAGUGGAAGACGAUCUUGCUACAAGACAUUCUAAAAUAAUGAGGAAAUUCGAAAAGUCCACAAAGGCCAAAAACCCUAAUGGUGAGAAGAAGGAUGAUAAACAAAACAAUAAGGCCACUCUGGAGGAAGGAACAGCAGUUGUUGCUAAGGGUCUAGAGCCACUUCCACAGCCACAGCCGGUUCCAGAGAAGCACGAGAAGCCCACUUAUUCCACGAUGCCCAAUUGGAUCACCAGUCCUGUUACAAAGUCUCCAUACGAAAACAAGGACGGAAAACCUGUUGGUUUUGGUGAUUUGAAUCUUGAUCGGACAGUCGCUUCUAAACUCGAGAAACAUGGAUACAACGAAGCGACGGAGGUACAAGCGGUUGUCAUUCCACUUCUCAUUGACAAGGCUUACCGACAUUACGGAGACUUGUGUGUAUCCGCCUCAACAGGAUCUGGGAAAACCCUGUCAUACGUCCUUCCAAUGGAUCAGUCACUCGAGCGGGCUUCACUACCCAGAUUUCGCGGUCUCAUCGUAGUACCGACCAGAGAGCUUGUUAAGCAGGCCCGGGAAGCAUUUGAGGUAUGUGGUAGUAAUUUGCGAAUUGGCACUGCUGUUGGAAAUGUUGCCCUCAAAGAUGAACAGCAGAAACUCAUUCGAUGGGAUCAAGUGUAUAAUCCUGAAAAGUUCGCUGAAAAUCAGAAAAGAAUGCUGGCGGAGGAUGAUUGGGCCAAUUUCGAUCUUUUGAAAUACAAAGACGAAGUCGAGCUUUCUAAAAAUUCCAUACCUCACUACAUCCAGGUGCCACAGCCAAAUGUCGACGUUCUGAUCACGACUCCGGGUCGUUUAGUUGAUCACAUCCGCCAGACUCAAGGUUUUAGCUUGCGACAUCUGGAAUGGUUGGUCGUUGAUGAAGCCGACCGUCUGCUUAAUGAAAGCUUUCAGGAAUGGGUUAGUGUUCUUAUGACCGAAUUACACAAAGCCAAAACCGUCAACUUGGGUGGCCCAGUCAUGGACAGUAUGGGUCAUCCGUUGAAGUCCCCAGACCCAAAAAAGGUUAUUUUGAGUGCAACGCUGACGAACGACAUUACGAAACUUCAUUCUCUUCGUCUCAACAACCCUAAGCUAGUUGCCAUUGGAUUAAAGGAGUCUGGAUCGGAGGCAGACGAAGCUACUCAUGAGAGCGAGCAAUUCGUUCUCCCUUCCACUUUGAAGGAGCACUAUAUACCUGCGAAUGAUGGCUCUGAAAAGCCAAUUCAUUUGAUGCGAUUGUUGCUUCAAGAGAUCAACAAAACUGUUUGGGGCCCUCUUGCUACCGAUGCAUACAAACUUGAAAAGAUUGAAAAGCACGCCGUACAUGAAGCAGAGGACAGCGAUGCAAACUCUGAUUCUGACGACACUAGCUCAGAUGAUGAUUCAAGUGAAAGCGAUAGUGACAGUGACUCUAACUCAACGUCAGGAUCCAAUUCGACCUCAGACUCUAGCUCGGACAAUGAAACAGAUGAUACGUCGGGCUCAGAAUCCGAUGCUGAUUCAGAUGUAGGGUCUCAAUCUGACCAGGCUUCUGUCCAAGAAUCGGUAGCUAAACCCGCCGCCAAGAAUGACGGCACAUCUGUUCUCAUUUUCACAAAAUCGACCGAAUCUGCAGCACGGUUAUCUCUUCUCCUUGGUCUCAUGAAUCCAUCUCUCAAGAGCAAAAUCGGCACUAUUGUCAAAUCGAACAAUUCUUCCUCAUCCCGCAAAACCCUCAAAAACUAUCGUGCUGGAAAAGUCAAAAUAAUUGUGGCUACUGACCGCGCCUCUCGUGGUAUUGACCUCGUUGACUUGGGUGCGGUUAUCAAUUACGACAUUCCAACGAGCAUCACCACCUACGUCCAUCGUGUUGGGCGUACUGCGCGUGCAGGCAAAUCAGGCCAUGCAUGGUCACUCGUUGAGCACCGUGAAGGUUUGUGGUUCCAGAAGACCAUAGUUAGGAGUGAGAAGGUCGUUCGUGCGGGAAAGAUCGUGAAACAAACCAAGUCUAUAAAGAAUACCAAGGCAAUGAAAACGGAAUUCGCGAAUGCGUUAGAACAGUUGGAGAAAGCAGUAAAGGGAUGAAUUUGGAUAUCGAGUUAUAUGAAAUCAAAAACAAGGGUCGGUUCCUACACAUGCAUGUACAAUAUCAUAUCAGCACCGCAUAAAUACAUGACUUUUGAGGUGACCUUCCUGCAAGCUCAAUCCAAGGGAAUUAUCAUCAAGAAGACUUUUUAGAAUAUUUCCAGCAUAUCUUUAGCGUCAAGCCAAACUUCAUGGCCAUCAAUAAAUUGCUCUUAUCUCUGCGUUAAAACACAAACUUCUCACACCUACAUACGAGUAUGUCUAUGAGAGGCCGCAGUCAAGCAAUAUUACAAAUUAUCUGGUCCAGCCCCUAAUAUUUUCCACCGUAUUCAAAAUUAACGUUUUCUUUUCCAAAUUGGGUUGUAAUUGAUGUCCUUUUAAGGAAGUCACGUGGACUAUUUACCCUAAGCGACUCAGCCAUUUGGAAACAUUAGCC